CUGGAGCGGGCUUCCCCCGGGAGGUGCAGCGCAGGAGACGGCGGGGAGGCGAGCGGAGCCGCGAUGGCCGAGUUCCCGUCUAAAGUGAGCACGCGGACCAGCAGCCCGGGGCAGGGCGCGGGCACCUCGGUCUCUGCGCUGCGCCCCGACCUGGGCUUCGUGCGCUCCAUCGUCGGCGCGCUCAUGGUGCUUCAACUGGUGCUGGGGCUGCUGGUGUGGGCCCUGAUUGCCGAUACCCCCUACCACCUGUACCCGGCCUAUGGCUGGGUGAUGUUCGUCGCUGUCUUCCUCUGGCUGGUGACAAUCGUCUUCUUCGUUCUCUACCUGUUUCAGCUGCACAUGAAGUUGUACAUGGUGCCCUGGCCGCUGGUGUUAAUGAUAUUUAACAUGGGGGCCACUGUUCUCUACAUCACCGCCUUCAUCACCUGCUCCGCUUCGGUUGAGCAGACGUCCCUGAAGGGCACCCGGCCACAUAACCAGCGUGCAGCUGCCUCCUUCUUUGCCUGUUUAGUGAUGAUUGCCUACGGAGUGAGCGCUUUCUUCAGCUUCCAGGCCUGGCGAGGAGGAGGCAGCAAUGCAGCCACCAGUCAGAUGGCUGGAGGCUACGCCUAAACCACCUGUGCCAAGGCCCACCUUGGGGCUGAAGGCUGCAGCCAGGUCACAGUGCAGGGUUGCCCUGCAGGUCAGCCCAGAAGGGACCAAACUUGCUCCUCUCUGACCAUCAGACUUGGGCUCACCCACCACUCCUAAGGAAUCAGGAUCCUUCCUCUGGCUUGGCCCAAGCUGGCACACGCAUGGGUUGGACAGAGAUCAACAGGCGAGACGUCCUGCUCAUCCCCCUUAUUCAGCAGAAGGUGACGGGGGAUACGGGGCUCACUGUCUGCUGUCUUUAGAGGACGUCAUUGUCCAAGGCGGGGCCCAGCCUUCUCACCAGCACUAAAUAUACUAACAAGGACUCCAGACCUACAACCCCUCACCCACCAUAGGAUAAGCCUAACAAGCAACGUGUAUUUAUCAUCAUCAUAGUCUGUUCCAGGAGCCUUGAGCAAGCUCAUGAAACCAUUCAGAUUCCUUAAAACACAAUUCCAACCUGACCCUCCCCCAAACCAACAUGUCACUUGUAGGGAGACAUCCCUGACAGCAUGGUCUUCCUUUUCUGUAUUUCAGACAUACCAGCUAUUUAAAGCAAAUUGGUUGUAAGCAACUUCUCAAUGAUGAAAACCUAUCUCAAAGGCUUCCCUCCCUUCCCCAAGCCCUUGCCUGUAACAGUCCCUCUGGGGAAAGCCAACGUCAAGGCCGACUGCUUCCCUGACACCGCCCAGACACGAGGGACUUGGGAGGAGGGUGGGCAUCAGGACCUUGCCUGGUGAGUUGUCAUGUGUGUGGUGGUGACUUUGUU